AUGAAGAGACACAACAUCGACGACCCAAUUGUCAAGGCCGAGAAUCAAUCGUGGGAAUUAUCAAGGCCAGCGUCCCUUAACCGAUCCGUCUCUCCACCACCCACCAAUCGGUGUCGUAGAGAAGAUAGAAACACCAGACGACUAUCUAAUUCUGGCUGUACGCCUAUCUCUGCUGCUACCAAGAAAUCAGCAACUGCAGCAGUCGAAGCAGGCGAAAUCCAGAUCGACGACCAUGUCUCUUUCUUCUCGUCCAAACUUCUUGCGGCGAGGCGCCCCGAAGUCCAUGGCCAGGCUCGCCUUCCCCAUGACCAGUGGCUUGAGCUGUAUCGAAGGAACUUGAAUGACAGAGGCCAUCACUUCGUAAUACACCAACAUGACCAUCCCGUUGCAGGGACCCACUACGAUCUUCGGCUACAAUGCAAUGCCACAAGCUCAAUCAGUUUCGCUAUUAUGUACGGUCUGCCUGGAGACCCCAACAGUAAGAGACUAAACCGGAACGCCACUGAGACACGGGUUCACAACCUGUGGAACCAUUUGAUUGAAACAGCGUCUCACGAGACCGGGACCAUGCUCAUCUGGGACACAGGUGAAUACACCGUCUUGCCAUACAAGACAACCGCCAGGGCCAACAACGACACCGACACAUCGGAGGAUUCAGACUCGGACGUCGUCGACCUGUCUAGGGUGGGCGAAGAGUCCCAACCCUUGAAACUCCAUCGCGCUUUUCAAACCCGCAAGAUCAAACUGCGCCUCCACGGCACACGUCUACCAAAGAACUAUACCAUCAGUCUCCGCCUGCAUUCUGAAAACGACAGAGUAAAUCAACCCGAACCGCCCGCUUUCAAGCGUCGGCGGACGAAUUUAUCUUCGUUCGCACCCCGACGACGACGUGCUCGAGCUCAAGUUGAAACGUCCGACUCAAGCCGGCCGUCAUCCCCAGACCAUCCAAAUCUUGAUUCCGGGGAUGAUGAGACGAGGCAUACCAAACGACCUCCGCGCACCAACAGCACUGUCCCGUCGCUACAUCGCACGGCCUCCCCUCCCAUACUCACUCGGGGAACGUCAAGCGGUGGAGCUCAAGCAUCAAAGUUGACGAAGGCUUCUAUUCAGAUUGAUGCCGAAACUCUCGGCCCCAACCGCGCUCUGAAGCAUAACCACAACAGUAACAAGAGCGUUGUAAAGCCCAAAGCCGACUUCAUCAACGAGGAGGCGCUCACCCACCUUAACAACGCCUACCCUGGCGCCGUGAACAGUAUCAACAGCAUCCACCAGCGCAGAUGGUUCCUGUCCCUCGACCGAGCGGCCAACGGCUUUCGGCCCACCAAUGAAACAGCCUAUGGACGACGCAUCUGGGAACGCGUACCGAUUGGUAUGGCUGGGAGAACAAAACUCUGGCCUGAAAGUACGAGCGGUUCGGCUUCAAAUUCGAGGAAAGAUGUUUCUGAGACAGAACUCGAAGCGCAGCCUCAGACAGGAGAAGCAUUGGGCGGAUUUGAGCUAUUCCACGUUCUGGGCCGGGACUUUGAGACGAGUAUUCUUACGGGGCGCACAGCAGCGGACGUGGCUAAGGACGAGGGGAUGGUUGGGUAUAGGCCUCGUGGAGGCUGGAGACCAGUCACCGAAUGA